AGAGCGCUGAGGAGGCCCUGAGGCUGCGUGGCCGAGCUCGGUGCGGCAGAGCGAUAGCGGAGAGCGCAGCGGCGUGCGGGACGCGCGUGCGCGGGGACGAGGCCGUUGGCCGCCUUCUUGCUGUGCAGCCCAGGAGCCGCCGCCAUGGUGAAGAGCGUGGGCAAUCUGGCUGAUUUUGAGGCAGAACUGAAAGCUGCUGGUGAGAAGCUUGUAGUAGUUGAUUUCUCUGCCACAUGGUGUGGACCAUGUAAAAUGAUCAAGCCAUUUUUCCAUAGUCUGUGUGACAAGUUUGGUGAUGUGGUGUUCAUUGAAAUUGAUGUGGAUGAUGCCCAGGAUGUUGCUACACACUGUGAUGUGAAGUGCAUGCCAACAUUCCAGUUCUACAAGAACGGAAAGAAGGUGCAGGAAUUCUCUGGGGCCAAUAAAGAGAAGCUGGAAGAGACCAUUAAAAGUCUAGUCUAAUCUCCCGCCAUGGAGACAUCGGAGCAUGUCUGGAUCGGCUAAAUUAUAGCCCAUAACUUUUCUACUUUCAAAGAAAAUCCAACCAUUUAACCUAUCUAGCUUGGUGGAAACUAUCCUCUGAUCAAUGUAAAUGAGUACAAUAAAAUGUAAAUUCUUCA